AUGUAAUAAAAUUCUUCUUUUGAUGAUAAAGUUCGAAUGGAAAUUGAGAAUUAAUUCGAAUUGAGAGAUGAAUCAUAAGAAUUAGCUGAAGAUUAAAGAUUAAAUAAAUAUCUGACACCUCAAAAAUAAGAUAAUUUUAAACUUGAUGAUAAAAUUGAUGAUGGUCAAGAAUCACCUCAUUUUACAUGCUAAGUUAAAAAUUAUAGAGAAUCAACAGAAUAAAAACAUAGUAUAAAUAUAAUAUAUGGAUAGAUUCUGAAAAAGAAAAUGUUACAAUAUAAAAGAAAGAUGAAUUUCAAAUAAAUAUGCAUUUUACACCAAAAAAAAAUGAAUGCAUGUUUUAAGAGUUGAAUAAUUUGAUGAUUUAAGUUUAAGAAAGGAUACAAAAUUUAUCUUAAUUAUCACCAUGUACAAAUGAAAUAAGUUAAUGUAAUGGAACAUAUAGUGAAAUAAAAUAAUAAUUAUUUGAAAUUGAAAAAGUUUAUAGAAGUAUUUAUUAUUAAUUAUACUUAAAAAGGUAAAGAUGAUGAACUUUCAUAAUUAAAUAUAUAAUUGGAAAAAGAAUUCAAUGCUUGUAAGAAUCAGAAGUAUUUAGAUCAAACUACAAACUCUUAAAUGAAUUAAUCUUUUGAUAUAAUUAAAAGAUAUCAAUAACUUAAAGAAAUUAAGAAAAAUAAACUUUAAAAAUUUAAGAAAAAUUAUCAUGAAUAAUAUAAUCAACUAAGAAGUGAACUUUAAGAAUUAAAAUGUACAGUUUAAUAAAUGUUUUUAAAAAAUUCAUUUUCAUUAGAAAAAGAACAAUAAAUAAUGGAAUUUUGUAAGGUUUUUAAUUAGAAAUAUAGAUUUAUAGAGGAAAUUUCAUUUAAUGAUUAUAAUAUUCCAGUAUUGGAAGAUUAAAAAUAAGAAUCACCUAAAUUAAAAGAUGAAUAAAAUUUGAAUUCAUUUAUUUAAAUUUUAAUGAAAUAAUUUAAUAUAAAUUAAGGAGAUAUUGAAACUAUUAAAAAAUAGAUUAUUGAAUGUGUAAUAAAUUAAAAAGAGAUGAUUGAAUAACAAUAAAAAUAAUUAGAAAUAAUCUAAACAAAUUAAAAUUUAAGUGCAAAUCAAUAAAUAAAUAAAUUAAAAACUAUAAAUGAUGAAUUAUAGAAUGAAUUAAUUUAGUUAAAUUAACAUAAAGAAUUUUAACAAAAAACUUUGGAUUAAACUAAAAAAGAAGUUUAUGAACUUAAAUAAUAAUUAGAAUUUAUAUAAAAAAUUGAUUACGUCAUUUUAAACACUAAGUUAUUGUAAUUUGAAUAAACAUAAAUGAAACAAUAAUAAAGAUAAAUUUAAAUUACAUCAAUAAUAUUCGAAUAAUUAAUGUAAUCUACUUCCUUUAAAUCAUAAAUAAAAGAUGUAUUAAAUGAAUAAACUUAAUAUUUGAAGAUUUAUUUUAAUAAAGCUAUUGAAAUUAUUAAUAAAUAAAAUCUUUAAUAGGAUGAAGACCCAUUAAAAUAUUUAAAUUACCAUUAAUAGACAACUUAAAAAAUGCUUGAUACAAUUUGUAUAGAAUAUUCUAAAAUGAUUAAACAAAUUUAAUAAUAAAGAGAAGAAUUUAUGUCUUCGCUAUGA